ACCUACAGGAGGGUUGGGGUGGAGUGCAGCACAAGGGCUUCUCCUGUCUGGGUGAAGGAAGGUCACACAUCCAUGUGUUUAUCUAGCGACUAAUGGAGCGCUGCGCAACGCUGCCUGGCAGGGAGGUGAGCUCACAGCUUCUGAUCUGCCGCAGGUGGAGGAAAAGCCGUGGGGCUGUGCUGAGCUGGGUGGUGCUGGGAAGGCUGUACCACGCUUCUCUUGUUACAUGGGGAAGUGCUGUAAGCUCUGGUUACGGGCCGAGAUCCCGGAUGAGGGCAGGUUGCUGGUAGACUUUGUGUAACUUACAGUGUGCUGACGUGUGGCACAGCUGCCCCAGGAGUGGGCUGGGUGAUGUGCGUGGAGUAGGGAAGGUGGCAGGGACACGGAGCCUUACCUUGGUGCUGGGGGGAGCCAAAACUUGAGAAGGAACUCCCCAAGUUCUCUGCAACUCCUGAAACACUCAGAGUUAAAAAUAACCAGGGAAUGUUUCUAGCGGGGAUCAGUUACGUUGCCUGCACGCAGCUCUGGUGUGAGCGUAGCCAGACCCGCAGCAUCUUGUUGGCUCCAUCAGGGCAGUGGGUUGUCAUCUGUGGGGGUGGGUGCUGGAGGGUUCUCCCACCCGGGUGGGAAGGGAGUAAUAUGCAGCAGGACCCCUCUCAGCAUGGCAGAGAAGAAGCAUUAGCUGCUGACACCAGUGUGCAUUAAUCAUUAACUUGGUAUUCGCUCUGACGCGUCCGAGUGCUGUAGUUGAAGAGAAAAAGGUCUUCAUGCAGAAGGUCUAUGCAAAGCUUUAUUUCUCAGCAGCUAAACAUUAGGUGUACGUGUUUGUGACUGUAAUGUCUGUCACCUUCCUCAAGUCAAGCCAUAAAGCCUUCCCUGAAACUUCUGAGGGAAUUAUCCAGUGCUGGUCUGAGCGUUUUCUGGCAAAACACACUUCCUCAGAUCAUACUACAGAACAUCUUCAGGAUUCCUAACUUAGGCAGGUAGAAAUCUGUCAGCCUACAAGCAAAUCUUGAAUGUUUUUGCUUUUUAUGUGGCAAGUGGGCCAUGAAAGUGGUAGGAUGCCGGUGAUAAGUCAGUGUGAAGGAUCUGGUGUCUUCGGAUGGAAAAGCGAUCUGUUAAACAUCUUCUGCCAUUAGACUCCCUCUGUGUAAGGGAAGCAAAUGGGAUUAUGACAGCAUGUACUGCAUGCAGCGGGGUGUUUCUAAAUUGUGUGUUCCUGGUAGUAUUUCAGUGUCUGUCUUUCCUUCUAAGAAGGCUCUUUGUAAUCAUGCAAAAAAGAAAAAAAUAGUUGCUGAUAAUGGACUUGCAUCUGUGCUGUGCUGGAGGAGGCUGUACUGUUAGAAAUGUGCGUAAGGUAGCUCCCACCAGUAUGUCUGCAUUAGCAAAAUAAGCAGUGACGGUGUAUUUGAAGGGAUUUGGGCUUUGUGUGAUACAACAAAGCAAUAAUCAGGCUGUUUUUCAAUACUUGUCUUGCAUUUUCAGUUGCUGCUUGGGAUUGUUUCUGGCUGUUGGUCUUCGAAGUUCCCUGGAAAUGCACUCUCUUUGCAUGUUGUUCUGCUGCCUGCCCACUGGGCCCUGGGCAAAGUUAUCAUGACCACAUACCCUGAUGGAGAUUUCCGAAGCACAAACACAUAUGCUGUGCCAUUUAGAUUUCCCAUACGCUACCUUUCCUUCACCUGAUGUCCCUUUGUGAGCUGGAUUCUCGCCUUGCUGGGAGCUCUCAGCUUGGGUAUUUUGGGGGUGGGAGAGCAUCCUUGUGCCUAGCAGAGAAGCCUGUAGGCUGUGUGCUGAAAUGAAUGAUUCCCAGACCCUCAAGUUGUUGAAAGGUGAGCCUGUAUGAAGCCAAAGUAAUCCUUAGCGUGUAAGCAGUGUAAGAGCACUAAAAUGAGAAGCUCCAAAGAGUGGAAAUGCAUCUUAUUUCUGUCUCCUUAGAGACAGGUGGUGGUUGUCUGCUUCUGCCAGGGGGAUGUUGCCCACUAUCUGUGUCGGUGGGAUUAUAUGGGGAAAGAGCCUUCAACCUUAGCAGUCGCCUCCUUUGCACUGACAUUAUCUGCCUUUCUCUAAGUAGGUUGCAUUCCUCACAUUUUUAACAGUGGCUUCCCCUCCUCCAUAGCUGCUUUGCCUUGUGUCGUGGGGCACUGUGAAUUUUUAGGCUUGUGCUCCAGGAACCUUCUCUGGGAAAGGAAACUGAUGAUGAAAUCAUUUGCUUGGAGCAGAAUUUGCAGAUCAUCUACUGUGUGCAGGGUGAGUUCAGUGUAGUGGUGACUUAGGAUCCUAAGAUCCAGCUGAGUUUGUACAGAUGUGGGGAUUUUGCUCAUGGUUUAAGGGUUUUUGUAGCCUGACACAAAAUUGCACUUGGGUUUUCCUGCUUGUUGUUGUUUUCAGUUUAAGUUUCUUUAUAUGCGUGCACAGAAAAGAAGUGUAGAAAACGUAGGGUUUAAAUCAAAAUGUUUUCUAAUGCUGGAAGAAGGCCUCUAAUUGAUGGUAUCUGUUCUGUUUGUGUGAGUAACUUAACGUUGGUUUUGCCACUAGCUGAUGACUGCAGAUCUCUGUGCAGUAAUGUUAUGCUGAGAGGUAAGGUUCUACCCGAACUGGCUGAGGCAGAGUUAACCAACAAGAUAAGGUGACCCGAAGCCUUUCUUGUCGUGCUGAUGGACUGGCUGUCCUGAGACUUCAUCGGUGGUUACUGGAAGUCUGAAUAGUCCAUUAUUCUAAGCGUGAUGAAGUUGAAGAACCUGUUUUUAAUCUAUAAAAACGAGAGAAGCUAAUGUGCUUUCCUGUGGUUUGGGUGCAGAGGGCUGGCUGCUUGUGCAUUCCACGCUGUUUUCUCUUCACCGAAUGCCUUUACCACAAGAUCACUACUCGGUAGAAUAUGGGAGCGGAAAUAGCAGUAGGGUAUGGUUUUUCUUUUUUCUUCUAAAAACCAAAGAGAACCAACAAAAACAACUGAUCAACCCUCCUGCAUUCUAAAACCCUCUCUAAGUAAAGAAAUGAGAGGUCUUUGCACGCUGCUCACACGUUUAAGAUGGCCUUUGCUGUGUUCCUGCCUCUGUGCAUUUAAUCAGAGCAUUUGUGUGAGUUCUUGUUUGCUUGAGAUGAAAUAGUGGCACUUCUGACUUCUUUAAGGCCAUAUUUGAAUGUGCAUGCAGUCUGUGAUCAGGAGGAGAACUGCGUGGUUUUAAUUGAAUUUGGGAUUUUCGGUGUAGGUGAUUUUUGUAAUGAGAAGUCUGUUUUUUUUUGACGAUGGGUAACUUUUUCUUCAGCGUGAGGUGUUCUGAGCCCUUUCUGAGAAGGUGCUUAGUAAAGGUACUUCUCCAAGCACUGCUGAACUGGUACAGUACUGGGGGGCUGCAGCAGGCAGCAAACAUGAGCAGUGUGGUACGAGUGCCUCCCUUCUGCACAUAGUACGAAUGGAGCUGGAGUAAUUUAGCUCAGUUUCUGUGAAUACAAACUUGCUCCAGAUGGAAUAACUGAACUUGCAAAUGGUUUUGACUACAGAAUAUCUUGGAUUGCGGUCUUACACCUUGCUUAAGAUAGCAAAUUCUCUUGUGCUUUCUGCACUGCAGCACCAGCUGCUGCUUGGACUGUGGCGUGCAGAAGUGGAGUGGGGAAUGUGUGAAUUGCUUUGAAGGGGGCUGAAAAGCAACUGGAAAGAGGUUAUGCUUCAAAAGUAGGAGCUUCCCUCCUGGGAAACCUAGUGGGACCUGCUGAGCUGGGAGGCUGAACCAGUGUGAUGGAGCUGACCGCAGCACACGACAGUGUAAGUUUAAUUUGUCGUCUUAGGGUAAUGAGCAAAAAGGAUCCUCUUUGUAAGUCAUUACUAGCCUCUAUAGAAAUCUUUCUGUGCUGGAUUCAUAGCAGUAUCUUCUUUCCCGAGCUUGCUAUCUGCUCUGAUACUGAGUUAUGGUAUAUAUGGUUUAAGUAACUUUUUCUUAAAGGAAAAAUACCUCAGUUAUGAACAAAUUGUUGCGUUUUCUUUUUGGCAGUGUCUGCUUGCAGAACCUAUCCUGAAGAAGGUACCUUGCUUCAUUCAGGUUUCAUUACAAGCUAGUAGACAUAAAAUCAGAGAUUCAGAGCAGCAGGUAGCAGAACCGAUUUGUCUUAAGCAAAGAAAUACGACUACCAUGGUCAAGUUUAUCCCUAAUAAACACUUGUCCCGCCUUGCUUUUCUUGUCGUGAAGAAUUGUCGUCUUCAUGGCUUAGCUAAUACGUUUACCAAAACUUUUUGUGACCCGAAUUCAUGUGGCUCACACCUGUGUUUUCCACUUAGCGAUGCUUUCCUCCUUCGCUGCUGUCUCUGAAGGAAUGUGAUACAGAGAACUCGGCCUGUAUCCUCCAAUGCAAAUGAGUGAAUCAUGUGCCCUGUCUGCUCCGUUCGGCCUGGGGGCAGUUUGUAAAUUUAGAAAACAAGUUUAUUUGAGAACUUAUGUAAAUUUUUGUCAGAAUGAGAGCGUGAGGGGACAGAAGGGAAACCACCUUGCUGGAAACCCCCCAGAACAAAUUUUGACUAACCGUGUAGUGUAGUAAAACUGAAGUAUCUGGAGGUGUAUUUGAGUCCUUCAUUUUUAAACUUCUCUGCUUUUUAUGAGCUUAAACAUCCAAAAGCCCACCAGUCUUACACCUGGGAUAACACGCUGCUCAACAUGAGUACAUUGUAUGGGAAUGCCGAAUGCUUGACUUUUUUUUUUGGUGAUAUGCGUCUCUUAUUUUCCUGUAGAGCUUGAAAUCUAGUUGUCCUGCUUAUAUACAGAAUUGUGCUGGGAAAAAUAAUCAGAUCUAUUCAAGGGGUAGUUGGUAAAGAGCUGUCCUUGCAGUUUAGUGUGAACAUAUGUGUGUGACUCUGUAGUGUUUGUUGCCUGCCCCUUAAUAGGGAAAGCCACUAGGAAAAAGGAUUCAGGUGUGUCCAAGUCGGUACACAAAGCUUUGAUGUUGCAGAGGGAUGAAUAGAAAAAAUACUUGCUUGAAUUCAUCUGAGGUCUAUCCUAGGUAGACUAAUGGUGCCUCUGCCAUGUUCUGUCUGGGUUGAGGCAGGUACUAAAAUGAAGCGUGUAGAAGAGUAAGUGGCAGUCAACAGAAAGGAAAGGCCUUUAUGUAGGGGGUGAGCUUUAGAACAUCUAUGAAAGCAAUACUAGAAGUGCCCUCCUUGGAACAUUUUCACAUCUCUGCCGUGCUGAUGGUCCCCCUGAGGUUCAUAGAAUUGUUAAGGUUGGAAGAGAGCACUAAGAUCAUCUAGUCUAACUGCCAACCCAUCCUCAUCAUGCCCACUGACCCGUGUCCCUAAGUACCACAUCGACCCUUUUAUCAGACACAUUCAAGGAUGAUGACUCCACCGCUUCCCUUGGCAGCCUGUUCCAAUGCUGUACCGCCCUCUCUAAGAAGAGAUUAUUCCUGAUUGGAUGUAGGGGAAGUUUUUUUUACAGAGAGAGUGGUGAGGUGCAGGAACAGGCUGCCUGGAGAAGUUGUGGAGUCUCCAUCACUGGAGGUGUACAAGAUCAUGUUGGAUGGGGCCCUGGGCAACUUGGUCUAGUGUGAGAUCUAGAGGUUGGUGGCCCUGCCUUUGGCAGGGGAGUUGGAACUUGACAAUCCUUGGGGUCUCUUCCAACCCGAGCCAUUCUAUGAUUCUCAUAUCCAACUGAACCACCCUGGUACAACUUGAGGCUGUUUCCUCUCAUCCUGUUGCUAAUGAGGGUUAAGCAGUGCACUGGAGAAGGAUGUAAAAAGGAGGAUGGUAGGAUUUGGACUUCUCUUGGUGGUCUUAAGUUCUGCUGGUAUACAGGGAGUCCACCGCUAUAUUGGAUGUGUUUUGAUGUUAAGCCUUGUUUGCAUUACUCAUUUGCUAACUGCUGAAGCAGAACAGAAGUAGGAUGAAGCCUACCAUCACAGGCUUUAGAUGGUAGAACUAGAGGGGGACAGCUGUCUUGGUCUGCACUAUCACAGCAUCUCUUGCUAGGCUGGAAUCUGAAGCGCUGUGCUUUGAAUGAUGAAAUUCUGCAUCUGUAGUUUCCUGAGAAAGGCUCUUCACUGGGGAGAAUGGGUUUUGCCCCAGCAUCCAGCCCUUCAGAGAAAUAAUGGCUGAACAAAGCGCUGUUUCCUUUUAGUGGUGUUUGUCUGCUGCUGUAGUGGUACGUGAAGAACUAUUUUGGGACCUGCCUUAACAUCCUGUGUAUCUGAAUGCUGGGGGGGAAAACACGACGCCUUGCUUACCAGUGGUCUGCAUGGCUCCAGCACAUGCCCCUGGCUCCAAGGGAAGCAAGCCCCUGGGUGGUGAGGGGUGACCUGUGGAUGCAGCACUUAGUGCACAUGUUGGCUUGCUACAGCUGGCUCCAUCACAGAGGUGAUGCUGCUCAGUGUGGGGCUGCUGCCACCAUGCAUUUGCUUUCUUUACUGCUACCAUACAUGGCCAUACUGUAUAAAGUCUUGUUGACUGCUUGUGGUGGUGGCGGAGCAUGCAGCGCUGCAGCUGGAUGUUUACUUGCAGCUUCUUGAUGUGGUUCAUAAUAGAUGUGGCUUUUUGUAAUGUGAAAGUAGAUACUUGCACACGAGGCUGUACUUUGUGGCAUUGCGUGGUGCGAAGCAGACAUGAACAUGAGAAUGAGUCUGCUAACGCUCUGCUCUGGCACAGUGUGUUGCAGGAGGUGGUUAUUGCUCGGCCUCAGUUAUAACACCACCUGGCUGGGAGGUAGUUGGGCAAAGCAGCCCUUGCUGUUGAGAUCAUGCAUUCUCCAAAGGUCCAAAGGCAGUGAAGACGGUGUUAACACACAACUGCUUAGGCCCUCCAGCUCGAGAGUCACGUAAAAUAUUCAUCUAAACAUUGUUAGAGCCACAAAUGUGUGUGUUCCCGUUCCACGCAGUGUCUGUGUUAACACCAAGCAAGAAGUGAGCUCCCUCUGAGCCUGCAUUGUGGUUUGGGUGGCACCGAGAGUGGCGCUGCCCUGCAGGUGCAGAGACCGAGGGGAAGAGACACUGUGGUGGUUUUAGUAUAAGCAAAUGUUUUGCUCAUAAAUAGGCUUGUUUUUAGAUGGAAAUCAAUGCCUGCAUAAAUACGUGGACUGAAUACAGGAGACAAAAGCUUUUUGAACGUAAAAUUUGAGGACAUGAGCGUGUUUCCAUUCAGCAUUCUGUAACUAUAAAAUCUGAAGUUUCUGUGGCCAAAGCUCUGCUGCUCACUGGAGCUUCAGGAUCUCUUCCUUUUCCCUCCAGACCAACUACCAAGCUGCACUGAGCAAGGCAGCAGCUGUGACCACCAAAACUUGCUCACACAUCAGGAGUAGCGACUGUAAAAUUGCUUGGUAACUCUGGUUCCUGGAAUUGGUGUCUGUUCACACUUACCCAUAAGAAAGCCUUGUUGUUCGCACUGUACUUUCCCUGUGGGAGUGGUGCUGUUUGCUGGGGGCUGUGGUGGCUGGGCAGUAAGCACCAUCCCUGGGAAAGCACAGAAAACACUUGCUUGUAUGUAAAGUGUAAAUGUCACCCUGCACAUAACGCUGGUUAAAAGUGAAUUUGCUGAUUCUGAGCAAGCUUGUGUCAGCGUGGUAUGGACUGAAGUGUAGCACAGGUGUGUGACAUCAAAAGAAGGUAAAUGCAGGGGCUGGAGCUAUUGCAGGAGGCUGUGCUCAGCUGGACUUGUGGGAUUGACACCAGAUGUGGAACAGCAGCUUCCCAUAUUUCACAACUAUCAGUCUGGUUUUUUUUAUUUUUACUUUUUUUUUUUUCCUUCGGAGCAUUGAGGAUAAAAUUUCCCACAUUACCUCCUGUGUUCCUUCCCUCUGUCCCGCAGCCUAGCACUGAUGAGAAAAGCAGUCUGAAUGGUGCUGUCAGAUGUGCAGGAGUCUCCUUUGAUCUGCAAGUCUGCUACUGAUGAUAGUAAGAGGAAUAAGUCUUCACAGUCAUUACGGGACUUUUUCCAGGGGCAUUAAGAGAUUUAGCUUCAAUGCGAGCACUGGUUAGGCUGGAAAGAAAAGCACUGUGCUGCAGUGGUGUCUGGAAAGUGCUUGCUAUUUUUCAAAGCCAUUUGUCCAGCUGAAGCUUUCUUUCAGUUGCAGAAGUCCAAGCUGUGGGUUCAUUUAAUGCUGCAUGUUAGAUUUACAGUCUUUUUGUUUUAUGGAAACUUGGUGCUUCCAAAAGUAGUGGUGUUAGCUGGAGCUGCUGCUUAUGAAGCGGCACUGUCUGCAUCUGUGGGAACUGCCUCUGUUUAAUGGACGUGUGCUUUUCCACAGGCAUUGUGCCUCAGCGUGAUUUCAGGUUAAUCUCUCUGAAAUCUAUGCCAGAUACCUCUCUACCGAGCAGGGAUAGAAUUGCUCCAUCAUACAGAGUUGCGUGUUCAGUGAUGCUGUGGCUAUCACAUUGCUCUGCCCUGUUUGGCUGACAAUGGCCAGGUCCAGUCUUUCCCCCUGUGUCAGAACCUGAUCGCUCAAGUGCCGUGUCCAGGUUGGCAGACCAAACAAAGGGACACUUGUGUGCUGGGAGCCAGAACCGUGCUGUCGCUGCUGCUAAGAGGCUUUCUGCUCCUCUUCUACCUGGCCAAGUCACCUCCUUUUCACAGUCGGUAGGUUAACCUGACACCUUGCCUUAGGGACAAGGUAGAAAAUGCUCCUAAGUCUUGUUUGGCUCUAAAUCCCGAGCUAAGGGGAUAAAUACUUCUCGUUCUUCUAUCUGGGUUAAGAAAACAGCACUGCAGCGUCAGUCCCUCGAAAAAACAUCUUGUGGAUGUUAAGGUUAUGGAGCUUAGUGCUGGGCUUGGGAGUGAGGUGUGUGGAUGCUGUGCUCUCUUCUCAUUCCUGCUCGCUUUAGGAGCCUGCCAGAUAAUAUUUGUUGCCCAGGGUAAAUCUUCUUUCUGUCUGAGGCACAUUUUCAUCUUGAACUGCAGAACGAUGACUGAUAGGGAUGUGCUGGAAUAGCAGUUCGGGGGAUGUUGGCGGUGCCGCAGCGUGGGGUUUGUAUGUGUUGAGGCACUGGGUCUCAUCUGGUGCUGCUUUCGAGCUGUGUCUGCUGUGCUGUGAAGGAAACUUAAAGAGCCUCGUUAAAAGUGUGCAUUUAGUACAUUAUCACUAUGGUAGCUUUUCAGUACGGGCUUUCUGUCUACCAGCUUGGCACCUGCCGGCUAUUCAGAUACCCUUUUUGUAAGGGCAAGCUGUCUCAGAUGUUUUCAUCUGAACUGAUUUUGCUACGUGCACUACAGUGGUAAAACAUACAUUAUUCAGCUUUGGAUAUUGGCACACCUAGAGGAUUAACACACUUACAAGGACUUGAUGACUUCAUAGGUAGACAACCACUUCUAUCAUUGGCAUUUAAGAUUUUUCGGGACUCGAAGUUAACUGCUAUGUGGGUUUUAGCUGGCUGAGAAUUUGGGAGGAAAGCUGAUAAUUACUGCCCUCGCUAAUGAAAAUGGAUGGCUAAAUAACACAGCUGCCUCUUCAGCGUUUUUGGCACUUCGGUUAUGACACUUUCAAAACUUAAAGAUUACAGUAAUUGUCUGUAGUCUCUGAAAUGAGUCUAGACAGUCUUGUCUCAGGCCAAAAGCUUGGAGUUAAAUAAAUACAUGACUUGGGCACAUAAAGCCAUCAGAAUCAUGCUUGUCUGACACAAUAGCUCUUAGUAGAUAUAAGUACUAUUUUAUAGCUCUUCCUAAAUAAUUAGCUUCUAAUGAUCAGCUAAUAAAUUUUGGAAAAUAAAGUACUCCGUGGCUCGCUAAUGAAGCGGAACGUUUUCACGUUGGAUGUUGUCCAAGCUGGUGUUCAAGAAUUCCAUGGGGCUUACUGUGGUAAUAGGGGAAAAAAAAAAAAGGGAUGGAACCUAAUGCAUUGCUAUCUCUGACUGCAAUGACCUCAUAGAGUAAGUGAGGUGUGGUAUGGGCUCGGAAAAUCAUCUUCGCUUUUAAUUACAUGCAUCCUAAUGAUUCUUCACCAUUUUUUUUCUUUUAUUAAUGGAUCAAAUGGCGUAUAGUGAAAACUGCUGGGAGCUUUCAUUCUUUUGGUUCAGCCCAUUUGGCAGGUUUUACUCGCUUAUUUGGGCUAGAAGACGUGCAUUAAGGUAAUACUGUGGGUCCAGAUGUCCAUAGCUGAGGCCAGGCAAUCCAAGAAGUCUAGUUAACAAGCUAUUUGCUUGCUGCUUGAAUAGAUAAUAACAGUUCUGAUUUGAGGUGAACGCUUGGACUCUCCUCCAGGGUUUAUCUUUGCAUGGAGUCAAAGUUUUCAAUCUGUACUUGAGCACUUUCUCUGCAUCCUUCAAGGGACUGUAAAGUGGCUUCAUAAGACUGUGAAUGCCCUAAACGUAGCUUUGUAGCCUCUAAUCUGAGGUCUCUUGCUGACUGUUUUAAUUAGGUCUCCGUUACUGAAGUGAUGAGCUGUAUUAAUUGAUUCUAAACCUUACCUCAUUACGGUACUUAAAUUUAUAAGUCAAAACCUCUUGUUACACAGUUGUUCUAAUGGUGUUAUAUAUGAUCCAGGUAAGCUCCAGCCCCCAUCCCUCAGGGGGACUUCACUGAGAAACUUUUCUUUUUUCCACCUACAGCUGUAUUCCCAUAAUCUGACUUUGGGAAAGGUGUAUAACCAGAUUGUAAGUGCAAAAAGGUGUGGGCUUCUUGAGGUGGAAACUCAGGUGAUCCUAAGGAGUUUGUGUGCGUUAUGUCUGAGCCUAAUAAAGUCUUAGAGAUGAGAAGAUAGGAUGCACAGAAUACUUAAAUGUUCCUCGAGUUGCAAAUGGUUCUUGCAUAUAUCUGUUGUGAGGCAAAAAUGAAAUCGAGACUCAUCUGUGCUUGCAGGAUAGAGCAUGUUUUAUAAUCAGACUUGUUUAGACUUGAGAAAUUGCAUUGCCUCCUUCAAAGAACAUUGCUGGCGCUUACUGCCAUUAAAGGGCAUUAAUUCAAGGCUAUACAAAGAAGUCUUAAAAGACAGGCAACGUGAACUUUUCUCUGAUCCUCAGGGCUGUAUUGCCAUAAGCAGCCAGAGUCCAGAGUUUAAGGUCUGUGUAGCUUACAGCAUGUCUGGGAGGGCACUUGGCACUCGGUAGGAGAGCUGUAAACCAGAGGCAAGCACUUGCAGGCCGCAUAGCUUCCACUGCUGAGCUGUGUGCAGUGUGGGGAGCUGUCAGCCAGCAAUGGGAGAAACGUAAGCACAGCACAGGUUUGGAUUGAGUUUAAAUCUGAAGGCUGUAUUAAAAAAAUAUAUUUUUUUUGAAGUUUUUUUUUAAGAUGUUCACAUGCAGUUCUUAACCGAGCCAAAAGCUGCUCCUUUCUGUGACAAAACACGUGAACUAUAAACCCUUUCAUCGGCAUUGAUGUUACAUGCAUGUAACCACCAUCCACCCUGUCCAUAACUCAAGUGCUGAGGGUGCAUUAACACUUCACAAGAGUUCUCCUGACAGUUUAUUUAAGCCUGGCAGGAAGUUAGCGAGCAGGUGUGCCACCCUUGUCAAUAAAGCAUUUGCCAUGCUUAUUCUGUGAGCCUCUGCGAUAGGAGCACACACUCACAGUUUGUCAGGCUGCCUGGGUUAUGUGUCAGAUGCCUCUUCUCUGAGACAAUAUGCCACUUCUUCAUGGAUCCUCAGUCCUAUUUUGUUACGGAUUAUGACCCUACAAUCGAAGACUCCUACACCAAACAGUGUGUGAUAGAUGAAAGGGCUGCGCGCUUGGACAUUCUGGAUACAGCGGGACAAGAAGAAUUUGGAGCCAUGCGUGAACAGUACAUGAGGACAGGGGAGGGUUUUCUGCUCGUUUUCUCAGUCACUGACAGAGGAAGUUUUGAAGAAAUCUAUAAGUUUCAACGACAGAUUCUUAGAGUGAAAGAUCGUGAUGAGUUUCCUAUGAUUCUAGUUGGUAAUAAAGCAGAUCUGGACCACCAAAGACAGGUGACACAAGAGGAAGGUCAGCAGCUAGCACGACAACUUAAAGUAACUUACAUGGAAGCCUCAGCAAAGAUCAGAUUGAAUGUAGACCAAGCUUUUCAUGAACUUGUCAGAGUUAUAAGGAAAUUUCAAGAACAAGAGUGCCCUCCUUCACCAGAGCCGACACGGAAAGAGAAAGACAAAAAAGGCUGCCAUUGUGUAAUUUUCUGAGAAUCCCAAGAGCCAAGCUAUCAACUGCCAGAUUAUUAUAUUUUUCUUUCCAUCAUUUUACAUCACUUCUGGUAUUGGUCUAGCCUUAUAUGUGCAUGUCCUAAAAGUGGUCACCAGAAUAGCCUUAGUCCAAGAAGCUGGCAGAAUAGUUCUUGAAGACUCGGUCAUCCUGGGGCAGACUUCACAACAAAACACUAAGGCUGCUUCUUUAAUACCACAGUUCCUUCCUUCUCUCCCUUUAAGAGCUUGCACCUUGUGGAGUUUUAUUCGCAAAGGAGAUGAAACAAAACCGUGUAGGACAAGGUGUUGAAGUCAUGCAUAAGUUGUCUCUUGUGAAUUAAUUUAUUUUUACUUCUGAUGUUUCGUUAGCUAUUACAAAGACCUAUAUUGAAGUACAGAGAAUACUUUUAAAAAAUAUGGGUGGAUUGGCUUUUUUGCCCUCAGUUAAAUUAGACUUGAGUAUUCAGCUAGCCUUAAGAAACCUACACUGAAUUUCAUUGUCAGCAAAAAUUUUCAUCUCUUAUUUAUGCUGCAGUUUCGUUUCAGUGGCCAAAACAAUCUACUGUAUUUAUUUUCUGAAUCCAGAACAGCUACGGGAGGAUUACUGCUACUAUUAGAGUAUGGCCAAAUACCUGAGCUCAUUCUGGAUUGAGGCAUUUCAGCUUCUUACGAAAUUUCACAUCAUUGUUUGGGGGGGAGGGGGGGAAAGAAAAUAAUUGUCUUCCUUUGUAUUUCUGGGUAAGGGAUUAAGGAAAACUAAAAUUGUAGCUGUUUUUGUUUCAUGUGAUAUAAAAAUGAAUUUGAUCUUUCCAUUGUCAGAGAUGAUUAAAUGUUUUUGCUAUAUACUUUUAUACAUUAUUUUCUUAUCAAACUAGUUAACAAGUAUUUUUAUAUGUUUGUAAGCAAAUAUGCUUUCACAGCAUAACUUGUGUAUAUGUAAAGAUGAGUAUUUAAUUCUCACAGUUCACUUUUAACUGACAAAAUGUGGGAUUUGCCAAACUGUGGUAAACUUCUCCUUACUCUCCUGGUUAUACCCAAGAACGGCCAAUUAUGUGCCUGCCCAACACACCCAUAGAGUAAAAUCUAGUGUUGUGUUUUAAUCGAUUUCAGUACCCUUUACUAAAGACUGACCAUUACGUGAAUUAUUAAACUGUAAGACUUUUAACUGAUUGUUUAGUUAAACCGUGGAUGGUUGUUUAAUUUUCAGUUCUGUGGAUUGUGUUUAAACAAUUCAAGAGUAUGUUCCCUGAUAUUGAAAUACUGAGUGGUAUUGCACAGUUGUCACCUUACUGAAUGUGUCCAACAGUUCUUUGAAACUUGAUUAUUAAGCAAACCCUUGUAUAACUUCAGGUGCUAGAAUUAAAGAUGAUCUAACCAUUA